UGUGUCCAAUUAUUUGUGGUUUGUCUAGUGCAAGGGAUCAGUAAGUGCUCUUUUGGUUUCCAGAUCAAACUUCAAGCUCCUGGCCGUGAGUGGGAAGCUGUAUGCGGUUGGAGGUCAUUGUCUGGGGACGGUGGAGUGCUACAGUCCCGAGCAGGACUGGACGUGUGUGGCAUCUCUGCCUGAACCUCUCGCCGAGUUCUCUGCCUGUGAGUGUCAGGGCAUGAUCUACGUCAUGGGCGGUUAUACCUCUAGAGAUAGGAACACCAGCGUGCUGCGCUACUGCCCCGUAUUGGACACGUGGUCCGUGUUCCAUUCCUGUUCGGCUCAUGUGCGCAAGCAGCAGAUGCUCUCAGUGGAGGACACCAUCUACCUAGUGGGUGGCUACACGCAUGAGCUAGAACCUGCAGAAAUGGGACGGCGGAGGCUAAGCCAUACGGAGGACAUGCUGACGGUACAGUCCUACAACGUGCAGACGGGAGAAUUGUUGCAACUUAAGGAGAACACGUCAAAGUCGGGUUUGAACCUCACCUGCACGCUGCACAACGAUGGCAUCUACAUCAUGAGCAGAGACGUCAGGCUUCCAACCAGCCUGGAGCACCGCGUCUUCCUCAAAUACAACAUUUUCUCAGAUGCCUGGGAGGCGUUCAGACGUUUCCCUGCUCUGGGACAGAACAUGCUGCUUUGCUCACUCUACCUGCCCAACGUCCUCUGAGGUUGCGCUCUGGAGAAGACUGCAGACUGCUGGGACACACGGAUUCUAUUGUAGCGAGCCCAGACACUUCAGAAAGGACAAGGAUUGCCACACCAGUUUACUUGAUCAGAAUGAUCAGACAGCACAAAGAACCUGCAGGAGAUAUUAAAGCGAUGGUUUAGCCAAAAAUUUCAAUCUGGUCAUCAUUUCCUCACCCUCAUUUUGUUCCAAAAACGAGUGGCUUGAACAUUCUUGAUCGUUCUAAUGUUGUUCCACAGAAGACAAAAAGUUUGGAAUG